AUGUCAUUUAACAUACCUUACCUCAGGUUAGGAAUUCAAAACAACAUCAUGACCAAUCCAGCUCACUUUAGCUUGUCAAACACGCACCCCUCCAGCUACUAUCUUCUCAACAACACUUCUCCAGCCAACUCUUUGGCCAUUACAUUAGAACACUUCAUUUGGGCAAGAGCAAGGGCUCUGGCAGUGGAUAUUGUUGAGGGAACUUAUAGUCAUCAAUAUGAAGCCUUGUGGGACUAUUGUCAUGAGUUGAAGAGAAGAAACCUUAGAAUCACAAUCGUUAUUAAGUCUGAAUUGGAAGGAGAUAGGCCAAGGUUUGAGAGGUUGUACAUAUGUUUAGCAGCAUGCAAGAAGGGUUUUUUUGAUGGUUGUAGGCUGGCUAUCUGCUUAGAUGGCACUAAAGUAAAAUGCCCUCACCCUGGGCAAUUGCUUACUGCUAUUGGUGUUGAUGCCAACAAUGACAUGUUUCCUAUUGAUUAUGUCUAUUUAGAGAUUGAGAGUGUCAAUUCAUGGGUGUGGUUUUUGGAAUUGUUGGUAGCUGAUUUGGAAAUUGCAAAUAGCAAUGGUUAUGUGUUCAUGUCUGACAAGUAA